GUACUGUCAGGUAGCUUAGUGUUGGUUUUAUGUGUACAUGCUGCCUGUGUUUACAUUGCUUUCUAAAAUGAAGCAUAGCAUUUAGCUUAGCUUGUAAUUUCUUAAGUAAAAGGAAUCCACUGAUACUUGUGUUACACCAUGUCUGGUUCUGAUAUUCUGAAUUCUUCUACAACACCUCAGACCUGUGAUACUGAUUGCCAGACUAAUGGAUGUAAAACAGCCGAGUCUCUCCCAAUUCCGAGGUUACUGUCAGUUAAAAAAAGGAAACUAGUUCUUCACAUUGAUCUAAACAACACCAUCCUGGUAUCUGAUGCUGUUACAAAACAUGGGACGGUUGCUGCCCUUGAGUAUUUUUUGUCCACUGUAACCUGGGGACGGUUGACCAAAGGAAAAUGGGAGUGGAUAAGUGAGUCUCCAUCUCUUCUUUCACCUUGCGAAGGUGCUGUAAGUUAUUACUCCCAGUUCGGUAGGGUAACAGGCUUUACCACAACUGGUCCAGGCCAGCGUUUCCGAAAUGUACUUGAUGAAAAUCUGAAACUGCUGCUCUGGCCCUCUGACCUGCCUGCAGACAAGGAGCUUUCAGUAAAAGGAGAAGACGGCAGACUGUACCACUGGAUCCUGCCCUCUUUUUUCCACCUGCUGCAGGAUCUCACCUCACAAGGGAUCGAGUUUUCUGUCCUGUUCCGCACGUUUGGUACAGACCUGCCCCGCCUGCUAAAUGUUGUUCACCGAGUUCUCACGCAGUGCUCCCAUCCAUUGUUCCCUGCCCUUCCUGAUCUGAAGCUGAGUGUGAACACAAUGCCUGGCCAGAUCAGGUGCAACACUAAAGGAGCAACAGUGACUCGUGGGGAGGAGCGUGUGUCCACUGUGGAUGGGGAACGCAGUGUGUACCAGUACUUUAGCUCUUCACAUGGACUUGGGGGCUUUCAGGAUCACUUCAACUGGUGGGCACGAAACACAUACUCCAUCAUGGGAGGAAAGCCACUGUGGAUUGAUCCUUUUGACUCCACGGUCCAACACAUCUUUAUAGAUGACAACAUCCGUCAAAAUGACGAUGACACCAUCGUGCAUCCAAAGGUAUUCUUGGAAUCUGAGGGAUCGGUGACCCGCACAGCCUCCACCUCAGAACUUUAUGACUUGUGUUUGAUCCAAAAUGACCUACUGGGUGCCAUUUCAAACCCCUCAUACUUUACCCAGCGCAUUCACAUCUGCAUGGAGAACUAUGAGAGGAACCUUAUGGGGCAGCCUGACUAGAGUUUACAUUCAUAGAUUGGGAAAAGGUGGAAUAGGCUUAGAAAGACCAACUAUAUUGUUUUUUACCUGAAUAUGCAGUCAGUGUAAAUGUCAGACAUCAGAACUUGAUUUAUUUAUUUAUUUAUUCAAUGUAUUUUACUUAAAAAUUGCCCAAGCUUUGUAUCUUUAACCAUUUUGAACCAACACCUUCCUUAUCUGCUUGUACCCCCUCCCAUUCCUCCCUAGCAAGACCCCCAUUACUUAAUUUUACCCAUUAAUACCCAUUAUUUUGUUUAUUACCCAUUACCCAGUUUUUGUGCUGCUGAUUUUGACAUUAACCAUAAUAUUCUCAGGUUUUAAAAGGAUCAAUCUAUGGAGUAAAUUAUGUGUUUAGAAUCACCAUACUUGAAUUUUGGACUGUUACUUUGAAAGUAGAUGAAUAAUAUUUGGCUCAGCACAUUGUACAAUAGACUUGUAACUCAUUAAGAUUUACUGUAUAAAAUAUCUUUUAGAUAUUUACAUCUACUGUGUGGCACAAGAAUA